GAAUGGAGGAGAGCUGCUGGAUGCCCCCUGGAGUGCCCUCCAAACAGUGAGUACCUGCUCUGUGGAACAGCCUGCCCAGCCACUUGUGCGGACGAUUCAAUUCAGGGCCAACAGUUCUGCCCAGCUGUGUGUGUGGAAGGCUGCCAGUGUAUGGAAGGUUUUGUGCUGAGUCAGGGGUCAUGCAUUCCCAGGAGCAGCUGCGGAUGUCAUUAUGAAGGACGCCCCUAUGCCCCCAAUGAAAGCUUCUGGGGCGACGAUCAGUGUUCAAAGAAAUGUACGUGCAACCCAUCCACAAGGCAGGUGGAGUGUGCACCCAGUGCUUGCAAAGCCUCAGAAAAAUGUGAGAUACAGAAAGGUGUGCGAGGCUGCUAUCCUACUGGUCAUGGAAACUGCUCUGCCACAGGAGACCCCCAUUAUCUUACCUUUGACAAACACAGAUUUGAUUUCCAAGGGCCCUGUGCCUACGUGCUGACUGAAGUCUAUGAAACGCCCAUAGACCUGACGUGGUUCGGAGUGUAUGUUCAAAAUGAAUAUCGGGGAAAUCAACAGGUGACCUGGACUCGGAGUGUGCAAGUCAAUGUCUAUGAUAUUGAGAUUGUCAUCAGCAGGCAAUAUCCUGGUAAACUCUUGGUUGGUGGCUUGUUAACCUUCCUUCCUUAUAGCUCAGUUGGAGGAAGAGUCAAGGCAUUCAAGCAGGGCGUAAAUGCUGUGAUCCAGACCAACUUUGGGCUCUCUGUCCAUUUUGACUGGGACAGCAAAGUGUUCGUCACUGUGCCCAACACGUAUGCAGGGAUCUUGCGUGGUUUGUGUGGGAACUUCAAUGGGAACGGUGGAGAUGAUGCCCUUGUGCCUGGUAGCAUCCUUGUUCCUAGUAUCCCAGUAUUUGGCACCAGCAGCCCUAAGGAGCCUGACCCAAAGUGCAAGGAGAUAAUUGAUCCCAAAUGUCCAGGGCUUGAAGUCAUAGAAGAGCAACAACGUGCCUCAGGCAAGGCGUGCGGGCUCAUUGUUGCCAAGGAUGGGCCCUUCCAGGAAUGCCUGCACAUAUUGAUCCAGAGGGCGCUUUCCGGGAUUGCAUCUAUGACUAUGUUUCUUCAAGGGACGUUACACUGUCACCUGUGCUGGAAUCUCCAGCUAUGCUAGAGCUUGCCAAGCUGCUGGGAUUACUAUAUACCCGUGGAGAUCUUCAACCUUCUGCCCUGCCCCCUGUCCUUUAAACAGUCAUUAUGAGGCUUGUGCCAAGGAGUGUGGGCAGAGCUGCAGCAGUCUUUAUGUCCAAUUCAUGCCCUGCCAAGUGUGAGGAGGACUGUGUCUGCAAUGAGGCUUUAUCAGAGCCAUGAUGCUUGCGUCCCUAUAGCCCAGUGUGGUGUUCCAUCAGGGACAAUACUAUCCAGCCUGGAGUCUUUCUAUCCAAGUUGUGAAGAACGCUGUCCAGUGCCAGGCUGGUGGCAAAGUGGUGUGUGAAGUUGUUCGCUGUGGCCCCGAUGAAAGAGUGCAACUGAUGGAUGGAGUCCGGAAAUGUCACCCAACUGGAGGUGCCACCUGUCUGCUAUCGGCAGCCUUUACCUUACCUUUGAUAAGUACCCUUCAAUUUUCAGGGCACUUGUACCUACAUCCUGGCCAAACUGCAGGAAAAGAACACGGACUUAACACCCCUCACUGUUAUUGUGAGAAUGAAAGCCUGGCUGAAUGGGGAGAUCACAAUGUACCAAGCUGGUCCGUGUGCAAAUCUUUGGCAUUGAGCUUACUCUAUUACGGAACAAAGCAGAAAGCAUCAUGGUGGAUGGAAUAUUCCAGCGCCUUCCUGUCCAUCUUUUGGAAGGACAACUUAGAAUCUAUCAGCAUGGCCUCUAUAUCAAUAUCCAGAGUGCUUUUGGGUUUACACUGAGCUCUUGAUCUGUUUUACCAUGUGGGAUCACCAUUCCCAGCACCUAUAAGGGCCAGAUGAGGGGCUUGUGUGGCAACUACAAUGGACAGAAGGAAGAUGAUCUUCAGCUCCCUGAUGGCAGUGUAGUGUCUGAUGUGGCUGCAUUUGUUGCUGCCUGGAAAAUCCAAGUCCUUGGUGUAUCCUGCACAGAGGGUGCUCUGGAGCCAGCUGUCCAAUUUGCAGUCAAGAGAAGGAAGAGCUUUAUAAGCAACGCAGCUACUGUGGGAUCCUCACCGCAUUGAUGGGCCUUUCCAGGAAUGCCAUGCCAUCGUGGACCCCAAUGUAUACCUGAACAAAUGUGUGCUUGAAUUGUGUAAGAGUGGCGAGGACAAGGAGGCCAUGUGCCAGGUUAUCCACAGCUAUGUUGCUGCUUGUCAGGCAUCCAAGGUCAAACUCCAGCCUUGGAGAAGCCCAACCUUCUGCCCCCUGACCUGCCCAGCCAACAGCUAUUAUACGACAUGCUCUAACAUCUGUGAAACAAACUGUGCUGGGAUCACGGAUCGCCUUAAGUGUCCAGAGCACUGUGUCGAAGGCUGCCAGUGUAACGAUGGUUUCUUCUUUGAUGGCCUUGAAUGUGUCUCCUUGGACAAAUGUGGCUGCUUUGAGAACGGCAGAUACUUCCCGCCCGAUGAACCUGUUCUGCUGAACAACUGCAAUGAGAAAUGCAUCUGUAGCCCAGCUGGAGGCUUCUUCUGUGAUAAAAACACUUGUUCAGAGGAUGAAACUUGUACAGUAAAGGAUGGUAUCCUGCAA